AUGUACGCCAACGGAGCCCAGAGCCUGGAGGAGUUCGAUGCUCAGUAUCCCAACCGCCCACACAACCACUCACCCACCCUCUUCUUUUCGGAACUUACCACCUCGCUAUUCAAUUCAUUGACAAACCCUCCCGCGACCGGCCAUGCCGCAAAGUUACGUCGCCCCGGUACCAAGACCUCUGACACGGAGCAGCGUCGCCACACCAUCGAGCGCUUCUUCUCUCACUGGCGUAAUGAGGUCGGUGACGAUGUGUACCCUGUAAUGCGGCUGAUCUUGCCCACCCAGGACCGCGAGCGGGGGGUCUUUCGGCUCAAGGAGCAGACGAUAGCCAAGCUCCUCAUCAAGCUCAUGAAGAUCUCGUCAAGGUCAGAAGAUGGACACAGCCUGCUCAAUUGGAAGGUGCCCGGCAAGUCCGCAAGCAGCCGCCUGGCAGGCGAUUUCGCAGGGCGCUGCUUCGAGGCCCUCGACAAGCGACCUCUGAGGACCGACCCUGGCGACAUGCGCAUUGCAGAGGUGAAUGAGCUUCUGGACAGGCUGGCGGCCGCAGGCGGGGAGUCGGACCAGCUUCCCAUAUUUGAGGAGUUCUACCGCAGGAUGAACCCCGAGGAGGUGAAGUGGCUCAUUCGUAUUAUCCUCAAGCAGAUGAAGAUCGGCGCGACGGAGAGAACCUUUUUGAACUUGUGGCAUGACGACGGGGAGAGGCUCUUCAGUGUCUCCUCGAGUCUGCGCCACGUGUGUUGGGAGCUGUGGAGCCCCAAAAUCAAACUCGAGGAGGACAAGGCGAACCUGAACCUCAUGCAGUGCUUUCAGCCGCAGCUUGCCAGCUACUCGGUGGCCGUCAGCUUUGAAAAGAUGGUCGAGAAGCUGAGGCUGCCCAGCGAGGACCCUGAAUUCAUGAUCGAGGAGAAGCUUGACGGCGAGCGCAUGCAGCUACACAUGAUGGAGGACGAUACUGUCCCUGGUGGCUACAGAUUUGGGUUCUGGUCACGAAAAGCCAAGAACUACACGUUCCUGUACGGUGAGUCUUUUGGGGAUGAGUCGGCAGCCCUUACGAGACAUCUGAAAGGUGCCUUUGAUGAUGGGGUGCUGAGCUGUAUCCUCGACGGAGAAAUGAUUGCCUGGGAUGCAACUAUGCAGAAGAUGCUGGCCUUUGGCACCCUCAAAACCGCCGCUCUCAACAUGCAGAAUAAUCCCUUUGAUAAACAGGGCUGGAGGCCUCUCUUCCGGGCCUUCGAUUGCCUGUACCUCAACGGUCACGACCUCACCAAGAAACCCCUACAUGCCCGUCGAAAAGCCCUGGAAGGAUACACCAACAAAUCAGGCAAUCAAAUACCUGGAGUCAUCCAGAAGCAAGUUCCCGGACGCUUUGAGAUUCAUCCAUAUAAGCUCACCAAAUCGCCUGGCGAUAUUGAACCUAUGCUGCGCAAGAUCGUGGAGAAUUCGUCCGAAGGCCUUGUGAUCAAGAAUCCUCACGCCGUAUAUAGGCUGAACGAACGACCUGUUUCGUGGAUCAAGGUUAAACCCGAAUACAUGACUGAGUAUGGCGAGAAUCUUGACUGCGUCAUCAUAGGGGGGUACUACGGCUCCGGACGACGUGGCAACAUGAAGUCCAGUUUUCUGUGCGGCCUGCGGGCGCGCCGGGCUGACAUCGAUGCCGGCAUUGCUGGGCCCGAGACGUUCUACAGCUUCUUCAAAGUCGGAGGUGGUCUGACUGCGCAAGACUAUGCUCUCAUAGAGCACCGCACGGAGGGCAAGUGGCGGCCGUGGAACCCGAAGGCUGCAAGCCAGUAUGUCGAACUGGCAGGUGGAGACAGAUACUUUGAGCGGCCAGAUGUGUGGAUCCGUCCAAGUGACUCUAUUGUCAUCGAGGUCAAGGCUGCUAGUGCCGAGAAGACAGCUUCGUUCAGGGUCGGCCAGACCUUGCGGUUCCCUCGUUUCCGAAAUAUCCGAGAUGACAAGAAGUGGGAUGAUGGGGCUCUUGACAUGGACGGAUGGGAGGAGCUCGAGAGCAAGGUGGAAGAAGAGACCAAGACGAAGAAAGAAAUGGAGAUUGAGAACCGGAGACACACUGCGAAGCGGCAGAACCGCGGAAUCACGGUGCCAGGAGAGGCUGAGUUCAUCGCCAACGUCGCCGCCAAGUCCAAGCUCUUCGUGGGCAUGAAAUUCUACGUGCCCAGCAACGUGGCGAAUCCUAAGAUGACCAAGACCCAGCUUGAGGUCGUGAUCAGGGAGCACGGAGGCACUGUGGUCCAAAACCCGGCCAGGGUCCGGGAGGGCGACGCGGUGCCCCUGGCGGACAGGAUCGAUGCGCCGCGCGUGGCCGCAGUGAAGAAGUUCGAGGGGGUCAGCAUUAUCAGGCCCAAGUGGGUCCUAGACAGCAUCGAGAACGACUAUCUACUCCCAUACGAGACAGACCACCUCCUGGUAGCGACCGAAGACAUGUUGGCCCUCGCGGCACAGAACAGCGACCAGUACAACGACAGCUACUGCCGCGAUGUGCAGCUGGAGGAGCUGAGGUCGAUAUUCGCGCAGAUGAGCGAGGACGGGCGCAGGCCUGCUGCGUCGCACUUCAACAAGGAGGCUUUCUACGACCAGCUGGAAGCGCAGGGGCACGAGCUUCCACGGUCGCGCGGCUACGUCUUCCGCAGGUGUCGUAUCCACCUGGUCGCAGUCGAUGGGGUCUCGGAGCUCACGAUGGCGAGGCUAAGGAGCUACGUUAGCUUCGGCAAUGGACAGGUGGCAGAGGAACUUGACGACGAGGUGACUCAUGUAGUCAUCGUUGUGGGCCAAGGUGAUGUCGAGGACGAGAGGCUUCUUGCGGCUGACGUGCGCAAGCAGAUCAGCAAGAGGAAGAAGCUGAAGAUCCCGCGCGUGGUUACUGAGGGAUGGGUUGGCGAGUGCUGGAAAGAGGAGACGCGUGUGAGCGAGGAAGAGUAUGCACCCGUCUGA